AUUGGGUAUAAAGACACCACCCUUCACUCCAUCACCAUUCACCACAACCCUCUAUUCCAUUACAACUCAACUUUGAAUAUAUUCUUCCUUUUUCGUUCUCUUUCUUGCACACUUACAACAAUGUCUUCUCAGACUGUUGUCCUCAAAGUUGGAAUGUCAUGUCAAGGGUGUGCUGGAGCAGUGAAUAGGGUUUUGGGAAAAAUGGAAGGUGUUGAGUCAUUUGACAUUGAUGUGAAGGAGCAGAAGGUGACAAUAAGAGGAAACAUACAGCCAGAGGAAGUUUUGCAGGCCGUUUCCAAAACCGGGAAGAAGACUUCAUUCUGGGUGGAUGAAGCACCACCUGAAAACAAGCCUUCAGAAAUUGCACCUCUUGCCUCAGCUGAGCCUGAAAACAAGCCUUCAGAAACUUCACCUAUUACCUCAGCUGAGCCUGAAAACAAGCCUUCAGAAACUUCACCUGUUACCUCAGCUGAGCCUGAAAACAAGCCUUCAGAAACUUCACCUGUUGCCUCAGUUGAGUCUGAUAACAAGCCUUCACAAACUUCUAUUGACACUGUUGCCUAAGACAUUGGUGGUUCCAUUUCUAUGUGGAAGUAGGUCUGUUUCAAAUACUAUUUUAUGUACUUAAUUUGUGCAUGUCAGCUGAUAUCUGUAGUGUGUUAUUACUGGUAUCUAAGCUACAAUAACUGAAGGCCUAUUUUUCACAUAUAUGAUACAUUUCAAGUGUGCUAUAAUUUAGAAUUUGAACUUGAUUAUCCUUCCGUCCUACUACUGAUUUUGUUCACUCUACUCUAUAUUCUGACUGCACUAUCACCCUCUUGAGCAUAUUUUUAGCUUAUUGGGACUUGUGAAUUUCUUAGCAGCAUUCAAGGAAGACAAUUGAUGAAUAAUUUUCUUUGUAAUUGAGCCAUAUUAAUAUGGGUAAACAUUGAAAUUAUUUAUAGGGUGGUGAACCAAAAUGAGUUUUACUUAUGUGUACAAAGAUAUCUUUGGUUAGAGUAUGAAUGUAAAUCUAAAACCAACCUUGGUUGAGAGUAAUAUCUCAGUUUUUUCAAAAUGAUUUGACAGUCAAAAAAUUAAAAAAAUUGAGUUGUUUCUAAAAUAGCUGAUAAUUUGAUCAAGUGCACAGAAAAUUUUUAGAGACACGUCGUUGUUGAAGAAAGUGGAUUGUAUGAUUU